AUGGCGGCGGGCGGCGCGGAGGGAGGCUCGGGCCCCGGCGCCGCCAUGGGAGACUGCGCCGAGAUCAAGUCGCAGUUCCGCACCCGCGAGGGCUUCUACAAACUGCUCCCUGGGGAUGGCACCUCUCGCAGGUCGGGGCCGGCUUCCUCCCAGACCCCAGGCCCCGGGCCCGCGCUGCCUGCCGUACGCCUCAGCCUCGUACGGCUCGGAGAGCCCGACGGCGCCGGGGCCGGGGAGCCUCCCGUCACGCCCGCGGGGCUCGGCGCGGGGGGAGACCGUGUCUGCUUCAACUUGGGCCGCGAGCUUUAUUUCUACCCGGGCUGCUGCCGCCGCGGGAGCCAACGGUCCAUUGACCUCAACAAGCCAAUUGACAAGCGGAUCUAUAAGGGCACCCAGCCCACCUGCCAUGACUUCAACCAGUUCACAGCUGCCACAGAGACCAUCUCCCUGUUGGUGGGGUUCUCGGCUGGCCAGGUGCAGUACCUGGAUCUCAUCAAGAAGGAUACCAGCAAGCUGUUCAAUGAGGAGCGGCUGAUCGACAAGACCAAGGUGACCUACCUGAAGUGGCUGCCAGAGUCGGAGAGCCUUUUCCUGGCCUCGCACGCCAGCGGCCACCUCUACCUAUACAAUGUCAGCCACCCGUGUGCCUCAGCGCCACCCCAAUACAGCUUGCUGAAGCAAGGCGAGGGCUUUGCCGUCUACACUGCCAAGAGCAAGGCACCCCGCAACCCAUUGGCCAAGUGGGCAGUGGGCGAGGGGCCACUCAAUGAGUUUGCCUUCUCGCCCGACGGCCGGCAUCUGGCCUGUGUUAGCCAGGAUGGCUGCCUGCGCGUCUUCCACUUCGAUUCCAUGCUCCUGCGUGGCCUCAUGAAGAGCUACUUUGGGGGCCUGCUGUGUGUAUGUUGGAGCCCCGAUGGUCGCUAUGUGGUGACAGGGGGUGAAGAUGACCUCGUCACUGUGUGGUCCUUCACUGAGGGCCGCGUAGUGGCCCGUGGCCAUGGCCACAAAUCCUGGGUCAAUGCUGUGGCCUUUGACCCCUACACCACCCGAGCUGAGGAGGCCUCUGCAUCAGCCAACAACGGGGACGGAGACCGGAGCGGUGAGGAAGAGGAGGAGGAGCCGCAGGCAGAGGGCAUCAGCUCAGGCGGGAAUGCCCCACUCUCCCCGUUGCCCAAAGCCAGCUCCAUCACCUACCGCUUUGGCUCAGCAGGCCAGGACACACAGUUCUGCCUGUGGGACCUCACUGAAGAUGUGCUACAUCCACACCCACCCUUGGCCCGCACUCGUACCCUGCCUGGUACCCCAGGCACCACGCCGCCUGCCACCUGCAGCUCACGGGGCAGCGAAGCUGGCCCAGGCCCCCUGCCCCGUUCACUGUCCCGCUCUAACAGCCUCCCACACCCGGCAGGCGGUGGCAAGGCGGGCGGUCCGGGUGUGGUGACCGAGCCAGGCACCCCAUUCAGCAUUGGCCGUUUCGCCACACUCACACUGCAGGAGCGGCGGGACCGUGGGUCGGAGAAAGAGCACAAGCGCUACCACAGCCUCGGCAACAUCAGUCGUGGGGGCGGGGGCGGGGGUGGGUCCGGAGAUAAGCCCAGCGGGCCCACCCCCCGCAGCCGGCUGGACCCGGCCAAGGUGCUGGGCACAGCGCUGUGCCCGCGCAUCCACGAGGUGCCGCUGCUAGAGCCGCUGGUUUGCAAGAAGAUUGCCCAGGAACGCCUAACGGUGCUCCUCUUCCUGGAGGACUGCAUUGUCACUGCCUGCCAGGAGGGUCUCAUCUGUACCUGGGCCCGGCCCGGCAAGGCGUUCACAGAUGAGCCCGAGGCCCAGACAGGGGCAGGAAGUUGGCCCAGGUCACCCAGCAAGUCAGUGGUAGAGGGCAUUUCGUCUCAGCCUGGCAACUCCCCAAGCGGCACAGUGGUGUGA